AAAAUCCUCAUCACACUUGCUAACUUUGCACCAGGGAAAAAAUGGCUUCUAAGCUCAUGUUCUCUCUGGUAGCAUUCCCUCUUCUCUUUGUUCUUCCCUUGUUUACCUCUCUGGCUUUAGCAGAUUCCCCACCAAGCAGUCCUGUUUCUUCUGGUUCCCUUUGCAACUCCACCCCUGACCCUUCCUACUGCAAAUCCAUUCUCCCUAACCAAACUUCCAAUGUUUACGAUUAUGGUCGAUUUUCUGUUCGCAAAUCUCUUUCUCAAUCCAGUAAAUUCUUGAACUUAGUUGACAACUAUCUCGCUCGCCGAUCCUCUUUAUCUAUCUCUGCCAUUCGUGUUCUUGAGGAUUGCCGAUUGCUGGCUGGUUUAAACAUGGAUUUCUUGUUAAGCUCCUUUCAAACUGUUAAUUCCACAAAUAAAACUCUGCCUUCUCUGAAAGCUGAUGAUGUGCAAACCUUGCUUAGUGCCAUUUUAACGAACCAACAAACCUGUUUAGAUGGCCUACAAGACACAGCUUCUGCUUGGAGUGUGAAGAAUGGUCUCUUACUCCCUUUGUCCAAUGACACAAAACUUUACAGCGUUUCUCUAGCUCUGUUCACCAAAGGCUGGGUUCCCAAGAAGAAAAAAAGCUUUACAUGGCAACCAACAAGGAAACAAUUGGCAUUCAGAAAUGGAAGAUUACCCUUAAAAAUGUCUAGCAGGACACGUACAAUUUUUGAGUCAGUGAGUAGAAGAAAACUUCUGCAGACAGCAGAGGAAGAUGCAGUCUUGGUGAGUGACAUUGUGACCGUGAGUCAGAACGGAACCGGGGAUUUCACUUCCAUCAGUGAUGCUGUGGCAGCAGCUCCAAACAAUACUGAUGGUUCCAGCGGCUACUUCAUGAUUUUUAUCACUGCUGGUGUUUAUGAAGAGUACGUUUCCAUUCCAAAGAACAAGAAAUAUUUGUUGAUGGUUGGUGCUGGCAUUAAUCAGACAGUGAUCACUGGGAAUCGUAGCGUGGUUGAUGGAUGGACUACUUUCAAUUCUGCAACAUUUGCUGUGGUGGCACCAAACUUCGUGGGGGUGAACAUAACAUUCCGUAACACGGCCGGAGCAAUCAAGCAUCAGGCAGUUGCACUUCGUAAUGGAGCUGAUUUAUCCACAUUUUACAGCUGCAGUUUUGAAGGGUACCAGGAUACCUUAUACACACAUUCUUUAAGGCAAUUCUACAGGGAGUGUGACAUAUAUGGUACAGUAGACUUCAUAUUUGGAAAUGCUGCUGUCGUUUUUCAAAACUGCAACUUAUAUCCACGGCUGCCUAUGAGUGGACAAUUCAACGCUAUUACUGCACAAGGCCGGACCGACCCCAACCAAAACACGGGUACUUCUAUACAUAAUUGUACAAUUAGAGCAGCUGAUGAUUUGGCUUCAAGCAACACCACAAUCCAGACAUAUCUUGGGAGGCCAUGGAAGGAGUACUCAAGAACUGUUUACAUGCAAAGCUUCAUGGAUAGUUUGAUAAAUCCUGCUGGUUGGCAGAUAUGGAGUGGAGAUUUUGCAUUGAGUACUCUAUAUUAUGCAGAGUAUAAUGACACCGGACCAGGAUCUGAUACUACAAACAGGGUUACAUGGGCUGGUUAUCAUAUAAUUAACGCUACUGAUGCUGCUAAUUUUACGGUGUCUAAUUUCUUGCUGGGAGAUGAUUGGCUACCUCAAACUGGAGUUCCUUACUCUGGUGGCUUAAUAUGAUAUGGCUACCUAGCCUAAACUAGGAUGUAGGGUCGUAUUAGGAGUUUCUUCUUUCAUUUUAUUAUUAUUAUUAUUAUUAUUAUUUUGUAAACUUUUGUAAUUUUUUUGACUUUGGAAUAAGCUAGCAAUACCAGCCUAUACCAAACACAUGACAUGCUUGAUAUUGAAGGCAUUUUUUUUAUUUUUUUUAAUAAAAGAAAUAGUAUUGGAGAGGGAUUCUGAUAAAUGAGAUUCAAACUAUGAA